CCUGAGCCACGUGCCCAUGUCAGUGUGGGAAGGGAAGGGGGCUCAGACAGCCCAUCCCACCCACUCGCUCCCUGCGGAGGAGCUGCGACCUGCUGGAGAGGGUGUGAAGGCUUCCUAUUGGAACCUCAGUGCUGGGACGGUGGGACUCGGUGCAGCUCUCUAGACACCAGGUCCACGCUCAUGGCCGAUGAUGUCAGGUACUAACAACGUCGCCCAGGCCCGGAAGCUGGUGGAGCAGCUGCGCAUCGAAGCUGGGAUCGAACGCAUCAAGGUCUCCAAGGCCUCGUCAGACCUGAUGGGCUACUGUGAGCAACAUGCCCGCAACGAUCCCUUGCUGGUUGGCGUGCCAGCCUCUGAGAAUCCAUUCAAAGACAAAAAGCCUUGCAUAAUUCUCUAGUUCUCUCUCUCUUCCCGCUCCCUCCCUCUCCCUUUCUUUCUCCCCACCCCGGAAGGUAUUGUCCAAUUUUUCCUGUAAGGAAAAUAUUUGAAUCCUUCCUACUUUGAAUUCUAAAGGAACAGAAACCAUUGUGACUGCCGGGAUCCUCCUGACCUAGCUGGAGUCUAGACCACCGGUGGGGCUCUGACUGUCGCCUGGCCUAACUGAGAUGUCACCCCCACCCUCUCCUGUCAAGAAUCACUACUGGGACUGGUUUUUAAAGCUCCCCUUAGUUGGCUUGGGGAAAGGACAAUGCCUUGCAAGCAUGAGGACCCUAGGUGCGGUGCAAGUCCUCAGGUCCCUCAUAAAGCAUGCAGGUGCAGUGUCACAAGGUUGUACCCCAGCACUUGGAAGGGUCCCCAGGGCUUGAGGGACUGCCAUCCUAGUUGUCAGUAAACUCCAGACAGAGGAGGACUCCUAGCCUUGACCUCUGGUUCCACACUCGGCACACACAAUGCACCCUGUGCUGCCCUGUGUCCUUCCCGAGUGACCCUGUCAUGUGCACAGUGACGCCUUUUUCUCCAGAGACAUGGCCCAUUCCAGAGACGGGCAUCUGGGUCUCCAUUCAAAGGAAGUUCUUGCUGGUAUGGCCAAGUGUGUAAUUUUGUCUCCUAAGCUUGAGAUCCACGUGGUCAUUGGUGGCUCCCCAUUUUCUCCCAGUUACACAGUUAGCCAGGUGGUUGUGAAGGCAGAAAUGCAGAUUAGUUAUCUGGAGGUGACCAAGGUAUCCCACAUCGUGACUGUGGCUCCAGAUCCCCCUGCCUCCUUCCUGGGAAAAACUAUUUUAUAACGAGCUAGAACCCAAGCCCCUCAGUGUGGGGACUGUAGCCCUGUUCUGCAUUCCCAGAUUGGGGGAUUCUAGGCAGGGCUCCAGACCUGGCCAUGGUCCCCAACCCCCUCACUGGGGAUUCUAGGCGGGGCUCCAACCAGACCACACCCAAUUCCUCCUUUGGGGACUCUAGGCGGGGCUCCACCCCUGACCGCGACCUCAGCCCCUAACUGGGGCAUUCUAGGUGAGGCUCUACAUUGACCACUCCCCCAGCCCCUCACUGGGGGAUUGCAGUCCGGGGCUCCACCCUGACCACGCCCCUAGACCCUUGCUGGUAGAUUCUCGACAGCAUUCCACCCCUGAGCCAGACCUUUUCUCUUUCUAUUUUGUGAGCAGAGACCUAGAGUCCAGGCUGGCCUGGAACAGAUCUUCCUGCCUCUGUCUCCGGAGUGCCUACAUGAUGGGCCUGUGCUUACAUGCAUGGCAUUGGAUUGCACCGAAGAAAACAUGCCCUCUGUCUGUAACAGUGACAGUGGCACAGGGAGGACACGGCUUGGGUGUGCCAGUGUGGUCUGCAGCCAUACACAGGGGUAGCCUAAGCAUUUGAGAGACCCCAGCUGCCUCUUUAUCCUGCCAGAUCAGUACCGGAGCAAACCACAGAACUGAAGCCAGUCCAGUUGUUCUCUGUAGCUCUGGUGGAAAUCUGCUGCCAAAAUCCUGUGCCAGGCUGAUCCCUGGGCAAAGUGAAUGGCAGCCAGCUCAUCUUCCAGCCUGUUAGGCAUGACCUACCGCCUAGGUAAGGUGGCAGGUUCCCCCAAAUCCAUUUGAUGGAAACAGGAAAAGAAGUCUGGGGUGUGACUAAGGGGAGAUAUUGCAGGUGCUAAGAGGGGACCCCCUCUCUUUCCCCCUCCAUGGGCUGGGUCCCAGAGAGCACAGACCAAGGAUCAGGCUUCUGUGUAUCAGCUCCCAUGACUGGUCAGAGAGGGCCAGGGACUUUGGUGAGCCUGACUCUCAGAACCUGUGCUUGAGUCAGAAAAGCCAGUUUAUCCCCCAAAACUACAGUCACCUUGCAGGCUAGGAACCAGGUCCCAGGAUGUGUGUCCCCAGCUACACUGGCAAGGAGAGAGGCUGGGGACGGAGGCUGCAGAGCACCCACCCAGCAAGCUGGAAACCUGGGUUCCACCCCAUGCUCAAAGUAACCAGGCAUGGGCACUGCGAUGUGGAGGCAGGCAGAUCAGGGCUUCGGGAUCCUCCUCAGCUACACAAUGGGCUCAAGGCUAACCUGGGCUACAUGAGACCAUGUCUCAAAUUCAGUGCACUCUCUCACACCUGCCUCCCUCAGAAGGUCACGGCAGCAGAUGCCUGCCUGGCCAGCCUGUGUGUGGUCACAGCAUUUUGUGUCUCGCCUCUGGGACAAAAACUCAAAUCUGCAUCUCUGCCCACACUCCCUCCCCAGGUGACUCACAGGCCAAGGACAAGGUGACCUCUUGUUCCCAGGGAAGGUAGGAUGUGCUUGGCUGACAUAUCCAGGACAGACCUUGGGCCUCAGUCGCCCCUGUGUGCCCCCCUAACCUCAGGAGCCCUGCCUCGGCUUAGAGAUGCUUAGGGAAAUCGGAACACAACAGAGCCAUCAGGAGCCAAGACUGAUGGCCCUCGCCUUCAAUCCCAGCACUUGGGAGGCAGAGGCAAGGGGAUCUCUGUGAGUUCAAGGCCAGCCUCGUCUACAGAGUGAGUUCCAGGACAGCCAGAGUUAUAGAGACACCGUCUAAAAACAAAGCAAAACAACCCAAACUGUUACACCUGCUGCAGCUUGAGCCUAAGGGGAAGGAUGGUGGGCAUGGGGUGCAUCCUACACAGAAGCCAUACAUACUGGCCAGAUGUCACAUGGCACUUUCCAUUUUCGCCCCACGCCAGGGCUGGCUCCUUCCCCUUCAGACUCCCCCCCCCCCCGCUUUGUGAAGCCGGUUGUUUUUUAUUUCUGAUUUAAAAAAAAAAUAAUUCCGUGUGCCCCACCCACUCUCCCAGUGUUACUAUUGUGUGGAAGGAGGUCACAGGAGGGCGAAUCCUCCAUAAUAAAAGCCUCGCUUUUCCUUU